AUGAUUCUCCAGCAGGUGAAGGAAAUAUGGAAGGAGUCCGAUUUGUCAAAGGAUGAUGGAAUAUUGCAGAUAUUGAAUGAUUUCAAGGAGGAAAUUUUGGAUGAUUUGGAAGAUGAAUACGAACCUGAAUAUAGAGCAAUAUAAGUUUAAGAAAAUAUAAAUAUAGAUUUAGUUCCAAUGAAUGAGGUUCAAAAAGCCCUCAUCUAUGACGACAAGUAUCCCUUUUUGAAGAUAAGGAAGCGAAUCUUGAUAUAAGCAAAGAAGAUUUCAAUGAUGGCGAUGCAAUUGACCAAGCAUCCCAUAUUCGAGUUUUUCACCCUGCUGGUCAUCAUAUUUAACUCUAUCAUGCUUGCCUUGGAUGAUCCGACUACGGACAUCUAGACUCCCUUUUAGGAUCUAAUGGAUAUAAUCUUCUUGGCAGUUUACACAUUUGAGGCAGUUUUAAAAAUUAUCGCAAUGGGCUUUGUUUUCAAUAGCAAUACCUAUCUCCGCGAUUUGUGGAAUGUCUUAGAUUUCACAGUCAUUGUAACAGCAUACAUCCCCUAUUUUGUGAAUAACUCUGGUUUGUAACUGAGUGCUUUGAGAUCAUUGAGAGUCUUAAGACCAUUGAGAACAAUAUCCUCAGUAAAAUCAUUGAGAAGCAUAAUGAUGACAUUAUUUGCCUCAUUUGCUGAAUUGGGUAAUUCCUUGAUUAUAUUGGGAUUCACCUACACAAUUUUCGCAAUAGCUGGAUUGCAACUGUUCUCUGGAUAUGCGAAAUUGAGAUGUUUUGAUGAAAAUGGCAUCAUCUAAAUGUCUGGUUAUGAUACGGAUGAGCCAUUUUGCAAUGGAUCUUGUCCUGAAAAUUAUAUCUGUGGUAAAAUGAUGGACAAUCCCAUCAAUGGACUAUUGUCAUUUGAUGAUUUUGGGUUGGCCUUUUUGUAAGUAUUUAUCAUUACUACACUUGAAGGAUGGACUACGAUUAUGUAGACUAUAAUGACUACGUUUUCACAAUUUUCAGUCUUUUAUUUCUUACUCUGUGUAAUUAUCGGAGCAUUCUUUCUCGUCAAUCUGACUUUGGCUAUCAUAAAAAUCAAUUUUUCAAAGGCUGAGUCUCAAGAGCCUAUCAAGCCUGAUGAUGUAAGUUACAAUCUCAAACAAAUGAAGAGACUGGGAAUCUAUAAAUUCACCAGAGAUUCUCAAACACCCAGUAUCACUCGUAAACAUACCAUCCGAAUGACUCGAUUGAGACAAUCAAUUAACAACUAAAACAAUAUUAAUAUCAAUGUUGCCAACAAGCAAAUAGAUGAACCCAAAAGAAGUUCAAUUAAGGUCAAUUUCUAACCCUUGAACAUUAAGGACUUCAGUAAACCUCAUCAAGUCAAAUACAACAAUAACAGAAUAUUGCUUUAGGGAAUCCAAGGAGUUAGAACAGAACAACCCGUCAGUAAAUACUAGGAAGCCAACAAUCCUCAACUAAUCAUGAAGACUAGUGUCCAAUCUGUGAAUGCUCCGUAAAUCAGGAAACUAAGCAAACUUGGAACACAAUUCAAACAAUCCCAAAGAAAAAUGUCAAUCACCCAUCAAGAAGACAGUCCUUUGGAAGAGUUGGAUAACCUAUUGAAAUUCGCUGUUCGUAGACAAUCUGUAUUGAGAGUCGAUACGAAGAUCAUGGCAUCUCCAAGAAUACCCACUCCUUCCAAGGAAACUCCAUUACCUGUCAGCAGUAGUUCCAUGUUAGACGAAUCUCAAUCUCCUGGAAAACCUCAUCAAUCCAAUUUCUUGGGAAUCCCUAAAUAGCAAUUCAAUUUCUUGCAAGAUUAGAAAUCAUUCAAUGAAAAUGAUGUACUCAGUGUGACUCUCUCGGAAAUCGAUUCCAUCUCUGAUAGUGAAUUAAAUCAAAGAUUCAAGGAAUUCGAAAUCUCCUUCCAAAUUGAAAAGUCAGAUGAUAAAACAGCCAAUGAAACAGAGGAUCGUAAACCGAUUCAACACAUCCAUCAAAAGAGGAGAAAAUAAGAUGCUCCAUUGAUCUAUGAAUUAAGCAAAGAGGAUGAAAAACUGAAGAUCAGAUUGUUUCAAUCUAAACUAGUUCCAAGAGUUGUUUACAAAGAAUUUCACUCCGAAUCCAGUAAAGACAUCCUUGUAAGUUUGGAAAUCAAAAAAUAAAGGAAAGACUAAGAGAUACGAAAUCUAAGAAUCUAAAACAUGAAAUUCACUCUGAAAUAUUAAUUCCAAAACAAUUCCACUAAAUUAUCAUUAUCUAAAACUUCACAACAAUAAUAAUCCAAAAGUUCAUUGAGUUCAAAUGACCAAAAACUCAAAGAAACUGUUAAAUCUAGGAAAAUCAUCCCAUUAACUGAAAUACCAUCAGUGCAAGAAAUCACUACUCCCAAACUAAACGUUAGAAAACAAUAAAAACGUAAGACUAUUGUCCAUAAGGUCUUUACUUACGAAUAAUAUUAAUCUGGUUUUAAUCAUAGUUCAGAAGUAGAUGCCAAUUUUAAUGAAAAGUUAGAGGAGGUUGAAACCUAACAACUCACUUUUAAAACUCCCAAUGAGACUUAUUUUUAUACUCAAACUGCAUUUUAAUAAUACCAUCAAAUUAAAAAUGAUGACAUUAAUCUAAGCAAUGGGAAUCUAGUUGGUUAAGCUUCAAUUGAAGAUGUAAUCAUGAUUAGAAGUAGCUUAUAAAAAAGGUUUAAUUUUAUUUUAUAGGGAAUGAAUUUUACGAAAUAAGAUUAUAUGAUAUAUAUGACGAAGGAUAUGCUGAAAAUGCUGCAAUUCAAAUUAUUCCUCAUUGUCGACUCGAGAUAUUUCAAUAUGAUGUUGAAUCUAGCAGUGUUUAUUAAUACAGUAAUCCUGUGUUUGGAUGGUUUGGUCAAUAACUCGGAAGACCUGAAUGAUUUCAAUCUAGCCUUUACUAUCCUAUUCACUAUUGAAAUGGGAUUAAAAAUGAUUGGAUUCGGCAUCAUCUAAUACAUAAGAGACCCAAUGAAUAUCUUUGAUGCUCUAAUCGUAGCCCUUAGUUUGAUCGAUAUAUUCUUUUUAUCAGGUAGUUCGGUCUUCAAAUCAGUGAGAAUAUUUAGAGCCUUCAGAGUAUUGAGAGUAACUAAGUUGAUGAGAUCCUUAAAAUUUAUGAAUUUCUUAGUCUAAGUGUUGAGCAAUGCAUUCCAAUCCUUAAUGUACAUCUUCCUCUUACUCAUUCUAUUUAUAUACAUAUUUACAUUGUUGGGAAUGUCCUUCUUUGGUGGCUAAUUGACUUACACACCCAGUCGAUAGAGUUAUGACACAUUUUAUGAGUCCUUUUUAGUUGUAUUCUAAGUGCUGACUCUCGAGAAUUGGAAUAGCAUCCUUUACGAUCUACUCAAAUAACCAGUCUCUUGGAUUAUCACCAUGAUUUACUUAAUAGCUUGGAUCUUUAUAGGAAGUUAUGUGUUGUUGAAUUUGUUCUUGGCUAGUUUGUUGGAUCAAUUCGAGGCAGAGUACUUAAGAGAACAUAGUUUAGAAAAUAGCAAUUAGGAGGGAGAAUAGAUUCAAUAGCAAUAAAUUUAAUAGACUUAAACGAUGAAUUAAACCGUAGUCAAUAUGUCGGUUAAUUAGACUUUAAAUCCCAUAUUGGCUAAGCAACUACUAACCAGAUAGGAUUCCUUAAAUAAAUUUAUCUAUUUCUCAGAACCAGGGCUGUGCUUUUACUCCUUGAAUAUAUUUAGUCAAAACAACCCAAUAAGGAGAUUAUGUUACAAGAUAGUUAAAAACAGUUUAUUUGAUUAAAUCAUUUUAUUCGCCAUAUUUCUGAGCUCAUUGAAAUUGGUGAUUGAUACAUAUGUGAGUAACUUUUUGGAUUGGGCAGAUUGGUUCUUCGCACUCUUCUUUGGAGUAGAAUUCUUAUUUAAGAUCAUCGCUUAUGGAUUUGUGAUGGAAGAGAAUGCAUAUUUGAGAGAGAGUUGGAAUAUUCUUGAUUUCAUUAUAGUUGUGUGCUCUUUCAUUGAUAUAUCAGUAGCAUCAAUUGAUUUGAGUUUUGUAAAGAUUUUAAGAUUAUUACGUACAUUACGACCGUUGAGAUUGAUAUCCUAAAAUAAAUCCAUGAAGUUAUUAGUAACGACGUUGAUCAACUCAAUUUCAGGUAUUGUGAACGUAGGAGUGGUUGUGAUAUUAGUGUUUCUGAUGUUUGCAAUAUUGGGAGUGAAUUUGGAGAAGGGCAAAAUGAAUUAUUGUGAUAUUGGCAGUGAUGAACAAUCCUACUUGCACAAAGCAGAUUGUAUUUCGGAAGGGUAUGAAUGGAAAAAUAGAGACAUGAAUUUUGAUAAUGUGUUUUGGGCCAUGUUGACUCUCUUCAUUGUAUCCACAUAAGAGGGUUGGCCUACUUAAAUGUAUUGGUUUGUUGAUGCCGAUGAAAGUGGGCCUAUCAAGAAUAAUUAAAUGUGGUUUACUAGUUACUUUUUGAUCUUCUUGCUGAUUGGAUCUAUUCUACUGAUGAAUAUGUUUGUUGGUGUUAUUUUAGUGAAUUACAAAUUGGCAGAAGACGAAAUGAAGGAUAAGAAUGUAUCCAGAGAUCAGGAAGAUUGGAUAAGUAUAUAAAAAUUAAUAGUCGAUUCGAAUCCUAAUUUUGCUUUGUACUAUCCUCCAAAGAAUCAAUACAGAGCAUUGAUAUUCAAGAUUAUUUCAAAUAAAAUAUUUGAUUUCUUUAUCAUGCUCUGUAUUAUUGUAAAUAUUGCAGCAAUGGCCUCCAAUUAUGAGGGGUCAAGUGUCAAGUACUAAUACAUUUUAGAAACAUUGAACUUGGUUUUGAGUGUGAUCUUUAUAUUUGAAUCUUUGUUGAAGAUUAUCGGAUUUGGACCACGAGGAUAUUUUAGAAACAAUUGGAAUCAGUUUGAUUUCUUUGUGGUUCUUUCCUCAAUUCUUGAUAUGAUUUUGAGUUUCACUGAUAAUAAGGAUAACCCUAUUCUAUCUGCUGGACCUUAACUCAUUAGAGUUUUUAGAGUUUUAAGGGUUACUAGAUUAUUUAGAUUAGUUAAAUCUCUACACAGUUUGAAAAAGUUGAUUGACACUGCUCUAUUCUCUUUACCUGCUUUGUUUAAUGUAUCUGCCUUAAUGUUUUUACUUUACUUCAUUUUCUCUGUUUUGGGAGUAUUCCUAUUCAGCAAUCUCAGUGAUGGUUACAUUAUUAAUAGUGAAAAUAAUUUCAACGACUUUCAUCAUGCUUUAAUUUUACUAUUUAGAUGCACGACAGGUGAGGAUUGGUAUUUAUUGAUGUACGAUGUGAUGAACAAGGCCAGUUAUUAUUAUUGUUCAUAUUUCAUCAUAUUUGUGGUAAUCAUGUAAAGAAUCAUGCUCAAUUUAUUUGUGCUCAUCAUUUUGGAUCAAUAUGAAAGAUUCUACUUUAAUUCUGAUAAUCCUUUGUAGAGAUUUCAGGAGUUCGAAGACGACUUCGUUGAUGGAUGGGCACCUUUGGCCUCUGAAACUAAGGGCCAAUAGAUUCAUCAAGAUCAGCUGGUCUAAUUGAUGUUGUCAAUCAAGGCACCUAUGGGUUAUGAUUUGAAGGAGAAGAUCAACACGGCUGUUAACGAUUGGAAGACCUACAAUUCUGAUGCUGAAAAAUCUUCUUAGAAUCUGGAGAAGAUUAAGGUCAUGGUCACAACGGAAGCCAAGAAAGCAGUGGCCAAGACAAUUAUGAACAUGUAGAUAGAGUCUGAUGAAAAUUAAAUGCUAGAAUACCAUUAUGUGUUAUUUGCCUUUAUGAAGAACUUCUAAACUGAUUUAUUCAAGGAAGUUACUCAAGCAGGGUUGCAUAAGUUGAUUUAAAGGGAAGAAUAGACUUUAAAUAAGAUUAAGAAAAAUAGACAUAGCUCACAAGAAGUCAAUCCUUGCGUUGAAUUAUUGUUUCAUAUCAUGUGUUUUAAAGCAUACAAGAGAUAUGCAAUCAAAUUGAAGGAGAGAAUGAAUAGACAACAGAACGAGUUCAGUCAAAAGAGUUCUGAUUCUUCGUAUCUCCACAAAAGCUCAGAUAUAGUAUAGAGAGACAGCAUUAGUCAGUCCUUGGAAUCCAUCUAAGAAUCUAAACAAUAAUUUUGCUUACCCCCUGAUUUAGCUGUUUAUCAGAGUGAUGUGAAUAUUGCAAUCAAAGAUAAUAGUCAAAACACGAAGAAUCGAGGAUCAGUCUAAUAGCUUGUUGAAUAAAAGCUAGAAAAUAUUAGCGAAUUCAAUAGUGAAUAAAGCAUCAGCUUCAACAAGUUAAAUGAUAUAUCGAAUUGA